UGCAGCGGCCAUUUGCAUUUGGUGCGGCGUUCGGCUUAGUUGUGCUCCUCCUCGUUUCUCGAGGCAUUUUGACGGUCUUUUCGGCGAGUUUAGUUAACGAGAACCUGCUGUACGCUCACUGACAGACCCUGUCAACAUGUCUGACUUCAUCGAAAGCGAGGCGGAGGAGUCUGAGGAGGAGCUGGAGGAGAGGGAUCUGAAGCCUAAGAAACCCCAGAAGUUCAUGGAAGAGGAUGAUGAAGAAGAGGAAGAUGACAACACAGAGGACCAGGAUGAACACGGGAACUUGCUGGGCCUCAUUGAUGAUGAUGUGGAGGAAGAGGAGGAGGAAGAAGAUGAUGAUGCAGAAGGGAGUGGUGGGGGGGACAGUGACUCAGGAGAGGAAAUUGGACAUCGCAAGCGGAAGCGAGCCUACGAUGAUCGCCUUGAUGAUGACGAUAUUGAUCUCAUUGAGGAGAACUUGGGCGUGAAAGUGAAGAGGCAGAAGUUCCGUCGUGUAAGGAAAAUGUCCGAUGAUGAAGAUGAGGAUGAUGAUGAUGGCAGGGAGGCCCACGAGAAGGAUCUGAUAGCGGAUGAAAUCUUCACGGGUGAUGGAGACGUUGAGGAUGGGGAGCAUGUAGAUGUGGCCCUCCACCCGGGAGAGGAGGAAGAUGAUGAAGAUGAGUCAGAUAUCGAUGACUUCAUUGUGGAUGAUGAUGGACAGCCACUUAAGAAGCCUAAAUGGCGGAAGAAGCUUCCAGGAUACACUGAUGCGGCGCUGCAAGAGGCACAGGAGAUUUUCGGUGGGGACUUUGACUUCGCGGAGUUUGAUGCAGAAGGCUACGACAACGUGGAGGAGGAGGAGGAAGACCCUGACGAGGAGUCAUGGGACCGCCCAAAAAAGCAGGCCAAGAAGCGCAUGGGCCGUCGCAGCAUCUUUGAGCUCUAUGAGCCCAGUGAGCUGGAGAGCAGUCACAUGACAGACCAGGACAAUGAGAUCCGCUCCACCGACAUGCCAGAGAGGUUCCAGUUGCGAGCUAUUCCUGUGAAACCUGCUGAAGAAGAUGAACUGGAAGAAGAGGCAGAAUGGAUCUACAGGAGUGCCUUCUCUACCCCGACCAUCUCCAUGCAGGAAAGCGUUGACUACCUGGACCGAGGAACAACCAGCAGUUUCAGCAGGAAGGGCCCGAGCACAAUCCAGAAGAUAAAGGAGGCCCUGAACUUCAUGAGGAACCAGCACUUUGAGGUUCCAUUUAUUGCAUUCUACAGGAAGGAGUAUGUGGAACCAGAGCUUAGCAUCAAUGACCUUUGGAAGGUUUGGCGCUGGGAUGAGAAGUGGACCCAGCUGAAGACCCGCAAGCAGAACCUGACCCGCCUGUUCCAAAAAAUGCAGGCCUUUCAGUUUGAGCAGAUCUCUGCUGAUCCAGAUAAACCUCUGGCAGAUGGCAUUCGUCCCCUGGAUACUGCUGACAUGGAGAGACUGAAAGAUGUCCAGUCUAUUGAGGAGCUGAGUGACGUGUACAACCACUUCCUGUUAUACUACGGUCGUGACAUCCCCAAAAUGCAGAACGCAGCCAAAGCCAACAAGAAAAAGCUGAAAAAGAUCAAGGAGGUGUCAGAGGAAGACGGUGAGCAGGAGGCAGAGGUAGAGGAGGAGGAAGAGGAAGAAGAGACAAAGGGACCAGACCUGAAAUUAGCAUCUCGCAGGGACAUGUACAGUAUUUGUCAAAGUGCUGGCCUGGAUGGUCUUGCCAAGAAGUUUGGCCUGACCCCAGAACAGUUUGGAGAAAAUCUGCGAGACAGCUACCAGCGCCAUGAAACAGAGCAGUUUCCUGCAGAGCCUAUAGAGCUGGCCAAGGACUAUGUCUGCAGUCAGUUCAGUACUCCUGAGGCUGUGCUAGAGGGGACACGUUACAUGGUGGCCAUGCAGAUUGCUCGUGAGCCGCUAGUGAGGCAUGUCCUGAGGCAGACCUUCCAGGAAAGGGCCAAAAUCAACAUCAAACCCACUAAGAAGGGCAAGAAGGAUGUAGAUGAGGCACACUAUGCAUACUCUUUCAAAUAUCUGAAAAACAAGCCUGUUAAGGAGCUGAAUGGUGAUCAGUUCCUGAAGAUGUGUAUGGCAGAGGAAGAGGGUCUCCUGACCAUCGAUAUUUGCAUUGACUUGGUUGGCGUCAAGGGCUAUGGUGCUGACCAGACCUACUUUGAAGAGAUAAAGCAGUUUUACUACCGAGAUGAGUUCAGCCAUCAGGUGCAAGAAUGGAACCGUCAGCGCAUGCUGGCUAUCGAGCGUGCACUCCAGCAGUUCCUCUACCCUCAGAUGGCCAAGGAGCUGAGAAACAAGCUGCUUGCUGAGGCUAAAGACUCCAUCAUCAAGGCAUGCAGUAGGAAGCUGUACAACUGGCUGAAGGUGGCACCAUACCGACCUGAUCAGCAGAUGGAGGAAGAUGAUGACCUCAUGGAUGCAACCCAGGGGAAAGGCAUCCGUGUUCUGGGUGUGGCAUUUGCUUCCAGCAGGGAUACCCCAGUGUUCUGCUCUCUUAUCAACGGUGAAGGAGAGGCAGUUGAUUUCCUGCGCCUGCCCUAUUUCCUCAAAAGGAGAAACGCCUGGCGGGAAGAUGAGAGAGAGAAAAAGAUACAGGACAUUGAAAACCUGAAGAAGUUCCUCUCCAGCAAGAAACCACAUGUGGUGGCAGUGACAGGCGAAAACAGGGAUGCACACAUGAUAAUUGAGGACAUCAAGCGCACUGUGAGCGAGUUAGAGCAGGAAUCAUCACUGCCUGCUAUUGGGGUGGAGCUGGUGGACAAUGAGCUGGCCACACUCUAUAUGAACAGCAAGAAAUCUGAAGCGGAUUUCAGGGACUACCCACCUCUACUACGUCAGGCAGUCUCUGUGGCCAGGAAGAUCCAGGACCCACUGGUGGAAUAUGCUCAGGUGUGCAGCAGUGAUGAGGACAUCCUGUGUCUCAAACUACACCCAUUGCAGGAACAUGUUGACAAGGAGGAGUUGCUGAAUGCACUUUAUAGCGAAUUUAUCAACCGUGUCAAUGAGGUGGGGGUAGAUGUGAACCGAGCCCUGGCUCACCCCUACACGCAGAGCCUGGUCCAGUAUGUUUGUGGUCUGGGCUCCAGGAAGGGUUCCCAUCUGCUCAAGAUCUUGAAACAGAACAACACCCGCCUUGAGAACCGCACCCAGCUUGUGACAAUGUGCCACAUGGGGCCCAAGGUCUUCAUCAACUGUGCUGGCUUCAUCAAGAUAGAUACCGCCUCCCUAGGAGACAGCACGGACUCCUACAUAGAGGUCCUAGAUGGUUCACGUGUGCAUCCUGAGACCUAUGAGUGGGCUCGCAAGAUGGCAGUGGAUGCGCUCGAGUAUGAUGAGUCAGCUGAGGAUGCCAAUCCUGCUGGAGCACUUGAGGAAAUCCUGGAGAACCCAGAGAGAUUAAAGGACCUGGAUCUAGAUGCUUUUGCAGAGGAGUUAGAAAGACAGGGCUAUGGCAACAAGGGAAUCACAUUGUAUGAUAUUCGAGCUGAGCUCAGUUGUCGGUACAAGGACUUGAGGACGUCCUUCCGCCCACCAAACACAGAGGAGGUUUUCAACAUGCUUACCAAGGAAACACCUGAGACAUUUUAUAUUGGCAAGUUGAUCACCAGUGUGGUGACAGGAAUUGCCCAUCGGCGCCCCCAAGGGGAAAGCUAUGACCAAGCCAUCCGCAAUGAUGAGACAGGCCUGUGGCAGUGCCCCUUUUGCCAGCAGGAUAACUUUCCUGAGUUAAGUGAGGUGUGGAACCAUUUUGACAGUGGCUCCUGCCCAGGCCAGGCCAUUGGGGUCCGGACUCGGAUGGAUAAUGGCGUUACUGGCUUCAUCCCCACAAAGUUCCUCAGUGACAAGGUGGUCAAACACCCUGAAGAAAGGGUUAAGGUUGGAAUGACUGUCCACUGCCGGAUAAUGAAAAUUGACAUUGAGAAGUUCAGCGUGGACCUUACCUGCCGGACUUCGGACCUGAUGGAUAAGAACAAUGAGUGGAAGUUGCCUAAGGACACAUACUAUGAUUUUGAUGCAGAAGCUGAGGGCAUUAAGCAAGACGAGGAGUUGAAGAAGAAGCAGCAGCGAACCACUUACAUUAAGCGAGUGAUUGCCCACCCCUCAUUCCACAACAUCAACUUCAAGCAGGCAGAGAAGAUGAUGGAGUCUAUGGACCAAGGUGAUGUCAUCAUCCGUCCCAGCAGCAAGGGUGAGAACCACCUGACAGUUACAUGGAAAGUGGCAGAUGGGAUCUACCAACACGUGGAUGUGCGGGAGGAGGGCAAGGAGAAUGCCUUCAGCCUGGGCCACACACUGUGGAUAAAUAAUGAGGAAUUUGAGGAUUUGGAUGAAAUCAUAGCUCGUUACGUCCAGCCCAUGGCAGCAUUUGCCCGUGACCUCCUAGGCCAUAAGUAUUUCCAGGACUGUAAUGGAGGUGAUCGUAAGAAAAUGGAGGAACUCUUGCUUAAAGCCAAGAAGGAGAAACCCACUUUCAUUCCCUACUACGUAUCAGCCUGUCGGGAUCUGCCGGGCAAGUUCCUGCUGGGCUAUCAACCUCGGGGGAAGCCCAGGCUGGAAUUUGUGACCAUCACUCCUGACGGGUUCAGGUAUCGAUCCCAGAUAUUUCCCACAGUCAAUGGACUUUUCCGCUGGUUCAAAGACCACUACCAGGAGCCAGUCCCAGGCAUCACUCCCAGCAGCAGUAGCCGAACCCGAACCCCAGCAUCACUCAAUGCCACCCCGGCUAACAUCAACAUUGCGGAUUUGACACGAGCAGUCAGUGCCCUUCCCAGAAAUAUGACCUCCCAGAUGUUCAGUGCUAUUGCUGCUGUAACAGGUCAGGGUCAGAACCCCAAUGCUACACCUGCACAAUGGGCCUCCAGCCAGUAUGGCUACAGUGCUGGCAGUAGUGGUGGAGGGGGUGGCAGCAGUGCUUAUCACGUGUUUGCCACACCUGCACAGCAGCCCAUGGCCACACCACUCAUGACACCCAGCUAUUCAUAUGCCACGCCAAGCCAGCAGCAACAAUCCAUGACAACGCCGCAGUACCCCAGCUCCACUCCCCAGUCCUCUCACAGCCAUGCUCACGCCCCUUCCUCCACACCAUCAUCCUCUUCGUCGCGUGUCAGAACGCCACAACCAAAAACUACCACACACACAGCAGUGGACUGGGGCAAGAUGGCAGAGCAGUGGCUACAGGAGAAGGAGGCUGAGCGCAAGAAGCAGAAACACCGCAUGACUCCCCGUCCCUCACCCAGCCCCAUGAUCGAAAGUACGCCCAUGUCCGUGGCUGGAGAUGCCACUCCCCUUCUGGACGAGAUGGACCGAUAGACGGGUUAAGGAAUAGGGCAUCAAGCUUGCUCCGCAGAUGUUUUGUUCUGUGAUGAUGAUGAUCAUGGGGCACUCAAACCUACACAAUGAUGGUGGAAACGAACGCUUCAAAGCGGGUGACCAUGAUGAACAGAGUCAGGAAAUGGACCUGCCGGAGAGGGAUUGUUGUGUGGGGUUUUUUUUUCUUUUAAAUGAAAAUGUGGGGAGGGUAUUUUAUUUUCAAGACAAGCAAAAUAAUUGAGAGAAUGUGAAUAAGAAAACCAUCUUGCAGUACAAGUUCAGUGCUUUUGCCCACCUCAAAUCCCAUCCCAGCCCCUCUCUCUUCCCCUUUUCUCAGCCCAGAACAAAUUCUGGGGUUAGAUGGGUGGAGCAGUCAAAAAGCUGUUUGUGUUUUGUAUGCAUGCAUCAAAACAAUAAAAUAUUUUUCCUUCGGUAACAA